AAUGACUCGAAUCCCGCAUGCAAAGCUCAACACCAAACCAAACCUUAAGGUACACAUAGACGGGCACAAGGUUCGCGACGUCCCUGAUACCUAUAUAUGGCCAGGUAGCCAUUCAUUUUUUCUUUUCUUAACUUCGACGAACUUCCGCCGCUCCUCAUCAGCUCCGCUCCGGGUCCGUCAUGCUGCGCUUUGUCGCUGCCGCCCCCGAGGCGCUUCAUAAGCCCGGCGUCGGCGAAGCCCUCUCGGGAAUUUUUGGCAGCGUCAGUUUGACAGCUUGGAUAUGUCUUUUGCUCCCGCAACUGAUCACAAACUACAAAGCCAAGAGCGCGGACGCCUUAUCAAUGAAGUUCCUCCUGAUCUGGCUGCUCGGCGAUAUUUGCAACCUGUCUGGUGCCCUUUUCACAAGCCUUGCGCCCUCAACAAUAGCCCUCGCCAGCUACUUCUGCGUCGCCGAUCUGAUCCUGAUAAGCCAAUGCACCUACUACAACACCAUCAACGCCCGCCGCCGCGCCGCUCACCGCGAGCACCACCAUCACCAUCAUCAUCACCACCACCAUCACCACCGCCGCCGCGACGACGACGACCUCGACGCAAGCACAUCCACCGCCGUUCUCGACCCCGCCCCAACCGAAUCUGACCCCCUCCUCCCAACCACCCCCCGCGCGCGGGCCGACUCAAGCGGUCUCCCCGGCUCGCAUCGGCGCCACGAGGUGCGUCGGCGCGAGAGCUCCGGACUGGUCGACCCGCUGACGCGCAUCAUCACGGGCGAGGACGACACGCCCGACAGCAAUCCCUGGCUGCACAACGCCACGAGCCUGCUCGCCGUGUGGGCGGUCGGCGCAGCCGGGUGGUAUUUCAGCUACAAGAUGGGCGCGUGGGGGGCGGCUGGUGAUGGCGGGGCAGUAGCGCCAGGGCCGGAGGAUGAGGACAGAGGUGGGGACAUGAUGAAGGAGCCUGUUGCGAUGGUGGGGAUGGUGCUUGGUUAUGCGAGCGCGGUCUGUUACUUGUGUGCGCGCAUCCCCCAAAUUGUCAAAAAUUACCGAGAAAAGUCGUGCGAGGGGCUCGCGCUUCUCUUCUUUUUGCUCUCGCUGACGGGCAACUUCACAUACGGCGCGAGCGUUAUUUCCUAUUCGCAGGAUCCGGACUACUUUGUCCGGGCGCUGCCCUGGUUGCUGGGCUCGCUUGGCACUAUGAUCGAAGACUGCAUUAUCUUUGUCCAGUUCCGGAUUUACUCGCCCAAGAGGCUCGUCAAGGCGGCUGGGACGGCUUGAGAUCUGCGCUUCACCGACACUUGGGUGUCUGGGUUGCGGGCAUUGGAUUUGGGACGAUGAAUGAGUGAUUUGAUGAG